AGCACCCCAUCAAGCCCUGUCACAUAGGAGAUGUGGUUGAAAACGAAUGCAAUAGAUGCACAUGCUCCUCUAAAACAGUAUUCGAAUGUAAAGCUUUAGACUGUAAAAAGAAUUCAACUCACAAUGAUAUUGAUGAUAUCAAACAGUUUUGCUAUCCUAACCAAUUAUACGUUCGAGACCUUAUGACCUGCAUCUGUACUAAAGAUGGGAGAUGGCCGCAUAAAAGCUGUAGCGAUGCCUUCCAAGUUCUGGCUCCGGCUACAAUUCAGACACAUAAAUGCGUACCCGACUCAUACGUCCGCAUUGACUGCAAUGUGUGCAGAUGUGGUCCCGACGGUCAAAUUGUUAAUGAUCGCUGUACAAGAAACGCAUGCGAGGAAGAUAGCUUUCGAAGAUCUUCUACAAAAUCUAAUAACGUCUACAGCAACUGCGAAGUCAAAAACUGGUACUCGCUAGCUCCCUGUCAAUUUUGUUACUGUAUCAAUGAAAAUAAACUCAUAUGCAACACAGGCAAUUACUUUACCAAAAAGUUAGAACUAGGCACUUAUAAUCUGAAAGUUUGUGGUAAAGACUUGGUAAGAGAAGUUAUGGAACUAGUUCCUGAAAAUCAUAGCCCAUUGAGAAAUGGUCAAACAGCAAAUACCAGUACACGUUCACAUAAAGCACGGACAGUACAUACCAGUGCACCUGCGAAACAAAAAUUAAAACGUGUUGUGAAGCUAAAGAACGAGCAGAACAUUGGAAAAUUUGAACCAAACCGAGAAAGCAAAGAAAAUAAAACUCAGUAUCUAACUUUAGGUAAAGAAGACAACUUUAGCAGUAGUGAUGAAUACUAUUAUGACACAGACGAACAAAUUUCUGAAAAACCAGCAUCAGCUCCAAUGCAUCAGUACAUACAAAAUAAAGUAAAAACGAUUACUACCUUGCCCCCACUACUUACAACUAAACAAACACAAUUAAGAUUGCAAUACCCUGCUCCAGAAGAGGAUGAAAUUAAUAACGGUAAAAUUGAAGAAAUUUUGGAUGACGAAGACGACUCGAGUGACACAGAAGACGAGGUUAAUCUCAAACCUAGGAGUACACCAGCGCCAGGACCUUCGCUAGGACCUGGACCUGCGCAGACGAUGGAUGAAAAAGCAUUAAGAAAUUUAGCAAAAGGAGUUCAAUCAGGUGAAUAUCAAUACGUUGGCAAUACACUGAGAAUCAAUCUUCCUAGAGUAUUGAAUAAAGUUUUUCAACUGGCUUUAAGAAAAUCGAUGGUGUCUUUAUCAAGCGGAUCAAAAUGCACUCCAGGAACCACGACGACUAACGGCUGCAACUCAUGUUUUUGCUUAAAAAAUAGUAAAUUGUUAUGCACUAAGAAUGUUUGUCAAGAAGGAAAUCGGACAAAAUAA